CUCCUCUUGAUUGUAAUUUGUCAUCUUUUCCAAUAGAGAAUAUGUUCUCACAUCAAUGCUUUUGUGAAAGGCUGCCAGCUCUCCUUUCCCUAUAAAGUCUAGAGUGUACCCAAAAAGAGAUUGGGAAUUUGGGAGGAUAAGAAUACAUUCCCCCCCAUGCUGGAGGGAUGCCGACAUAACCCGAAUGGAAAGGAGUUUGAGGUCCGGUAUGCCGGAGAUGGCGGAUCUGAAGCGGCUCACAAACCAAAGUUAAUAGAACAAUUUCAUGUCCGGAUUAUACUGUAGGGAACACUGAGAUCAUGUACAAUAAGAUGCAGUAGCAGGUGCCAGGAGGGACUGACCCAGGUUGAAAAAAGUGGAAAUAAUAUUACCCAAAUAGGUGGAAAGGUCGGAUAUCAUAUCACUGGAUUAGCCUUCAAUCUGAUACAGUUUUUGGCUAGGUGGUUUUGGGUGUAUUCCUUGGUUUUUUAUGCAAUUUGUAUGUCUUGCUUGGUGCCUUCUCACUGUACAUUUUGACCCCCGUAUAGUGCUUCUUGUAAUGUGGAUGGUGGUUUGUUAGAUGGGCUGUGCUUUUUUUGAUGUGCAGAUGACAGAGACAUAACGGAGAAGAAGAGGGGAAUUGGGGGUAUAGAAUUUAGGGGAUAACGUGAGUUUACAGACCAUGGUCAUUUUGGGGGGCACAGGGAAUAACGAUCUGAAUAGCCCAGUUCCUGGGAAGGGCUGGAAUCUGUGCAGAAUGCCAUUUUGGCAGCAGGGGACUUCGUCACACAGGCAGAGUCAGGGCAAUAACAGCAGCCACUCUCAGGGCCAUCAGCAGGAGGGAACCAGUGGGCCUGACUCGUCGGGUAUUAACUCUGUUUCUGCUGUUGCAAGAGCAUUGCUGCCUACAAGACGCAGGCUUAGGCUUGAUCCUGAAAGCAAACUUUACUUUCCCUAUGAACCUGGCAAACAAGUUUCAAGUGCAAUAAAGAUCCUUAACAUCAGUCGCUCCAAUGUGGCAUUCAAGUUCCAAACCACUGCUCCUAAAAGCUGCUUUAUGCGUCCUCCUAGUGGUAUGCUUACUCCAGGAGAGUCACUUAUAGCAACUGUGUUUAAAUUUGUGGAGCCACCUGAGCAGUCUGAGAAACAACCGGAGAAAAAGGUUAAAGAUAAGUUCAAGAUUGUUAGUCUGAAAAUCAAGGAAGGAGUGGAAUAUGAUUUAGAGCUGUUUGAAGAGCAGAAGGAACUAGUAGCAGUAGAGCAAAUAUUGCGUGUUGUUUAUUUGGAUCCACAACGUUCCACUCCUGAGUUGGAAAAGCUCAAGAAGCAAUUGGCUGAAGCUGAGGCUGCAAUUGAGGCACGGAAGAAACCUCCAGAAGAUGCUGCUCCGCGGGUUGUUGGUGAAGGGCUUGUCAUAGAUGAAUGGAAAGAGCGUAGGGAAAGGUAUCUGGCACAGCAACAACUUGAAGGAGCUGAUUCCCUUUGACAGUCCUACCUUUUUAUGGUUUGAUGAUCUUUGCUUUGAAAAGUGUGCUUUAAUUUUCUCAGAUUUGCAGAAGUAUCUGUCAAUUUAAAAGGUAAUCUUACUACUGACUGUCAGAGGCUGGAGCAUACAAGCUAUUUGUGUGCAUGUUUGCAAACUGUUAAAGAGAGAUGAUUAGGUAGAUGCCAACUAGAGGUAUAUUUACCUUAGCAGUUUAUGUCUGCGACAUGGACAUUACCACAGAGGCAAUGUCCUUGUCAAUACUUUAUUGUUUGCAGAUGAGAAAGUGUCUUUUGCAGAUGUUUCAAGCAGUUACUGGUGGGCAGUUUUUGCUUAUGGUCUUGAAUUGAUAUUUGUAUCUGGGCUUGACAUUUUUGAAGGGUGUUGUUGAGCUCCUGGUCUCAGCGUUCUGUAAAUAAACUGAAAUACAUAUCAUCUGUGUUUUAACUCUGUAAGGAAAGGCAGUGGACAUACUAAUCAAUCAUAGAAAAUCUAAAACCUGAAUUAUGUGGGAGCUGAGCUUAAAUAACUAUGGGAAAUUAUGAGUUU